AGCGUUCUUUCUAUAAUGCCUUCGGACUCUGAAAGCAGUAGUUCUCUCAGCAGUACGGGCACAACCGGCAAGGCCUCGGCGUCGCCCCCUCCUGCCCCCGUGGAGGUGAGGCAGAUGAACGAAAAAGUGGAGACCAUCCUGUUUCAGCUUCGCCAAGUGACCCGCGAGCGGGAUGACCUGCGCAAACGCCUCGCCCUCUCCUCCCCGGGGUCAACCUUUGAUGAUUGCAGGCCUAACCCCAAACCAAACCACGAUUAUGAAAGACUGAAGAUACAGUGUAUGAAGGCAAUGUCAGAUCUACAGUCACUACAGAACCAACACACCAAGACGCUAAUCAGAUGUGAAGAAGCUGCCAAGGAAGCUGAUUUCUACCAUAUGUUACACAGCCGCCUGCUGGGCGACCAGUCCCAGCUGAAGGAAGACAUGGACGCCUUGAAGAGGAAGAACAGCCAGUUUGUGCGGGAGCACAAUCACCUCCAGCAAUUGUGUGAGGAAAUGAAGAGGCAUCACGAGGAGGACCAGAAGGAAAUAACAAACUUACGCAGCCAACAGCAGCAGGUUAUGAAGCAGAAUGGGUCAUCAGAGAUCUUGAAUAAACUCUACGAUACAGCCAUGGAUAAGCUAGAAGUUGUGAAGAAGGACUACGAUGCACUAAGAAAGCGGUACAAUGAAAAAAUAGCCAGUCACAAUAGUGAUCUGAGCCGAUUAGAGCAGAUCGAAGAAGAAAACAAAUGUCUCCAGAAACAGAUGGACAUGUUGAUGAAGCAGCGGGACACAGCCAUCCACUUCCAGCAGCAAUGUUCUACUUCUCUGAGAAGGAGCUUUGAACGGGUCCAACGUCUGCUCAGUGAGCUGAAUUCCGCUCUGGUGGAGCGAGACCGAGCCAUCUGCGAAAGGAAUGAGCUUCUGGAAAAAUAUUGCCAUGAAGUGAAGGAUAAGGCUGAGGCCCAGAAGGAGCUGGACCAGGCAUGUAAGGAUAUUGAGACCGUGAAAGAAGAGAGGGAUGUAGCCAGGAAGGAGAGGACGGAAGCCAUUAUCCAGAGGGACCACCUACUACGAGAAUACUACCAAGCACGCCAGAUACAAGAUUCAGCCACGCUGGAUGUAGAAAGGGCGAACAAAGAAAUAGAAAUCCUUCGGAAGCAGUACGAGGCCAUGUCGCAGGAGUUAAAAGAAGCGACGCAAGAAGCGGAAGUUGCCAAAUGCAGACGGGACUGGGCUUUCCAGGAGCGGGACAAGAUCGUUGCCGAACGAGAGAGCAUACGAACUUUGUGCGAUAACCUGAGACGGGAAAGGGACCGCGCCGUGAGCGACUUGGCGGAGGCCCUCCGCAACCUGGACGACAUGAGAAAGCAAAAGAACGACGCCGGACGCGAAUUGAAGGAACUGAAAGAGAAGAUGGAGAAUCAGCUGGAGAAAGAGGCACGGUUUCGGCAGCUGAUGGCUCACAGUUCCCACGAUUCCGCCAUUGACACAGAUUCAAUGGAGUGGGAAACGGAAGUAGUAGAGUUCGAGAAAGACAGGGAAGACAUGGAUUUGAAGGCUCUCGGUUUCGAUGUGGCCGAAGGAGUGAACGAACCUUAUCUUCCUGGAGACUGCGGGAUAUUUGUCACCAAAGUCGACAAAGGAAGCAUUGCAGACGGCCGAUUGAGGGUGAACGACUGGCUCCUGAAGAUAAACGACGUGGAUCUUACCAACAAGGACAAAAAACAAGUCAUAAAAGCAGUCCUCAACGGCGGAGGAGUUAUCAAUAUGGUGGUCCGGCGAAGGAAGUCCUUGGGAGGGAAGAUUGUAACCCCGCUACACAUCAGCCUUUCGGGCCACAAAGAUAGCGGAAUUGGUUUAGAAAAUGGCGUCUUUGUGGCCACCAUCACGACGGGCAGUCCAGCGGCCAAGGAUGGGUCCCUCACUGUGGGAGACAGGAUCAUUGCGAUAAAUGGAAUUGCACUAGAUAAUAAAUCACUGACGGAAUGCGAAGCUUUGCUGCGAAAUUGCCGGGAGUCUCUUACGCUUUCGUUGAUGAAGGUUUAUCCUCAGAGCUCGUGUUCCUCUUGGAGUGGCCAAAACAUAUUUGAAAACCUUAAGGAUCCGGAGAAGAUCUCCAACGGCAGGACUCACCCGUCAGACGUACAGGUUCAAAAUAAAAGGAACUUAAAACACAACAGUUCAACCCAGACCGAUAUUUUCAGCCCGGACAUAAUGGAUGUCAAGAAGGAUCAGAGCGAUCAAGAGAACGGCUUGUACUGCAGUCUGAAAACGUUUUCCAGUAGCGUUUUACAUACUGACUCCCACCGGAACACGGUCCACGAGUGCCACAGUAAUUCGGAACACAGCCUCGGAUCCUUCGGUCCCGAUGGGUACGGGGACCCAAGUUACGGGAUAGUGAACCUGGAUAACCAGAGGCUCUCCUUUGAACCCACAGUCGCAGACUGCCUUGUGCUUGAGAGCGCCUUAGACAAAGGACCGGGCGGGAAACACAGCGGUGGCACCUGGCCCAAAGUGCUGGUCAACUUAGGUCCGGCCGAAACGGAAAAAUUCUCCGUGUACAAAAAGCCCAAACAAAGGAAAUCCAUCUUUGACCCGGACACUUUCAAAAGACCCUUGACGCCUCCCAAGAUGGAUUAUCUGUCUCCCAAUCCGAUGUUGGGACCGUCAGCCCAGCCUUCCAAAGCAGAAGCCGUCUCCACUCCGCCCACACCUCCAACUAGAAGCGAUUCUAUUAAAUUUAAACACAAACAGCAGGCCAGCUCUACCUCGGAGCCUACGGUGACGACGGGAUCCCCCCCUCCUAGUCCAGCGACAGUCCAGCCCCCGCUUUCCAUUGAACAGAAGCCCGACUCCUGUGUUCUCAAGGGGCGAGGGAGACCCUCAGGACAAUACUACAGGGAGGAGGCAGGAGACCCUGGACACUUGCCUUCAAGAAAACCCUGUGAAGAGGACCUUGGCUUUCAAAGAGCGGAAGAGCCUGAAAUUAAAAGACCGAGGCCCAAAUCUGCUCCCGCCUUCAGGCAUAAACUAAACCCCGUGCCCAUCCCUAAUCCAUCUCGGCAGGUACAGAAAUACAUUCCAGCGAGUGAAGAGUUCCUGUCUCCAGAGACACAAGAAUGGCCGACAUAUUCACCCAAACGGGCGAGUCGUCACAGCGAUGGUUUCGUGUCGGCCUGUUUAUACUCCGGAAGCUUGUCAGGAGCUACCCUACUGCAGAGGUUACUCUAUAUAACUUCUCUUUGCUCUAUAGGUACCGUCCCAAGAAACAUUGCGCCGUGUUCUGCUGUGACAGCAGUGAUGAGAAAUCCCAUUUACACAGCCUGGAGCCAUAGAAUUGCCACCACCAACUGCUCAUCUGCAACCAAUCAAUACUGCCACCAACACCUGCAUCCCAGUGCUCAGCACCAGGGACAUCUGAGUUUGGAUCUGAGUCACAAGCACUCCAGUGAGUGCUCCGAAAAUACGCGCUCAAGAUCGUCCCAUGGUUCAAAUUCAUUGCCUUCUAGCGCAAGACUGGGCUCCUCCAGCAAUUUACAGUAUAGAACAGAACGAAUAAAGAUACCUUUGACACCACGGUACCCAAGGUCCAUCAUUGGUUCUGACAGAGGUUCUUUGUCUCAUUCUGAAUGUAGCAGCCCCAGCUUGGUAACCCCACCCCAGUCGCCGCUUAACUUGGAGACCUCAUCUUUUGCCAGUAGCCAAUCACAAAAUUCUCUUUCCACCUUGCCCAGGAUUUCAGUGAGCCCGGUCUCUAUGGGGCAACGUCGAAAAGACAAACUCUACAUGGAAGAACCCCGUCAUGUCAAAGUGCAAAAGGGCGUCGAACCUCUGGGGAUCUCCAUUGUCUGCGGGGAAAAUGGUGGGAUUUUCGUGUCGAAAGUAACCGGUGGCAGCAUCGCCCAUCAGGCCGGGCUUGAAUAUGGCGAUCAGUUGUUAGAGUUUAAUGGAAUCAACUUGCGAAACGCUACGGAACAACAAGCUCGGCUGAUCAUUGGGCAGCAGUGCGACACCAUAACUAUUUUGGCACAGUACAAUCCCCACAUGUUCCAGCUGGGCAAUCAUUCACGAUCAAGCUCCCGCCUGGAACCAGUGAGUAGCAAUUCCCCUCCACAAGGCAGUGGAGGCCCAACUCCGGACAGCCAUUCCAUAAUUGAUACUGUGAGCGAACAAGAUGAAGGGACCAUGACCCCUCCCUCCAAGGAGACCACUUCCAGGAGUUCUGCUGACACUAUUAAAAGGACACCUGAACCCAGAACGGUGAACAUCAAGAAACCUCAGGCGGAGGUCGGAAUCCAAAUCAGUGGUGGGAACGUGCAUGGAAUAUUUGUCUCUGAUCUAGAAGAUGACAGCCCAGCCAAAGGACCUGAAGGCCUGAUGCCAGGAGAUCUAAUAGUGGAGUACGGAUCCGUUGACAUGCGAAAUAAAACAGCAGAGGAAGCUUACCUUGAAAUGCUCAAACCGGGGGACACGAUCAGAAUAAAAGCUCAGUAUAGAAUUGAGGAAUUCAACAGGAUCAAAGAUUUACCUGGAGAUGGUUUCUAUGUCAGGGCCCUCUAUGACCGACUGGCAGAAGUCAAGCAGGACUUGAGUUUCAAAAAAGAUGACAUUUUGUACGUUGAUGACACUCUGCCCCAAGGGAACUUCGGCUGUUGGAUGGCUUGGCAGCUGGAUGAAAACGCUCAGAAGCUGGAAAGAGGACAGAUCCCCAGCAAAUACAUAAUGGAGCAGGAAUUCUACCGGAGACACAGCAUGUCCGAGGCCAAAGACGAGAGCAGUUCCUCAAAGACCUCGUCGGCUGCGGCUCGUAGGUCCUUCUUCAGAAGGAAACACAAACACAAGCGCAGCGGGUCCAAAGACGGCAAAGAUCUGCUGGCCCUCGACACCAUCAGCAACGACUCCAUCCCUUUCCUGGAUGAUGCUGUCAGCCUGGCAUAUCAACGAGUCCAAAAGGUAGACUGCACAUCUCCUAGACCGGUGCUUAUCCUUGGGCCGUUACUUGAUGCUGUGAAAGAUAUGUUGGUCAAAGAAUCACCAGAGAAAUUUUGCAGAUGUCCUCUUGAGGUGAUGAAAGCUUCGCAACAAGCCAUUGAACGGGGCGUGAAAGACUGUCUGUUCAUAGAUUAUAAACGGAGGAGUGGACAUUUUGACGUGACAACCGUGGCUUCCAUAAAGGAGAUAACCGAGAAGGACUGUCACUGUCUCCUGGACAUCGCACCUCACGCCAUUGAGCGGCUGCACAGCAUUCACAUCUACCCAAUAGUCAUCUUCGUUCGCUACAAAAAUGCCAAGCAGAUCAAGGAGCAAAAAGAUCCUGUCUUCUUGAAAGACAAGGUGACACAGAAACAUUCCAAAGAACAAUUUGAGACGGCUCAGAAGAUAGAACAGGAAUACAGCAAGUAUUUCACAGGCAUUGUCCAAGGAGGACCACUUCCAGCCAUUUGCACUCAAAUCCUGACCACGGUGGAUCAAGAGCAGAACAAAGUCCUGUGGAUCCCUGCUGGCCCCCAAUAGACGGACGCUGUGAAAAUAAAA